AUGCUCCAGAAGGUUCUACUACGACCCAUGACCAGCGUUCCAUGCGCACACGAAUCCACCAUUUCGUACCGAUUCCCAUUGUCGUCUGGGAGUCCGUCCCCUCCCCCCAUCGUACCAUCGUUGCCCGAUCUGGCGCAUCAAAACCAACCCGGGCCCUCCGACUCCUACCUCGCCCUCCCACCGCCUGAAGACGAGAUCCCCGACCUCGACGAACUGCCCUCCGAACAACCACCCUCGCCCCCACCUCACACGCCUGCCCCUACCAUGUCAGGGCAUCACCGCAUCACCCUCGCCGCCAACCCCCGCUACUUCGAUGGCGACAAGUCCAAAUACCUGGGCUUUGUGGACGCGUGCACCACUUACAUCGGUGCCUAUCGAUCGGAGUUCUCGCAGGAUGAGACCAAAAUCCUCUUUGUCCUCUCCUACCUCCGUAACGAGAAUGGCACGAGCUGCGCUGCCUCGAGAUGGGCGAUGAACUGGAAGCAGCACAACUUCGAUGGCUUCCAGGGACUGAAGGCAGGAGUCACAUCAAAGAACUUCCUGGAGGAGCUUCAGAGGGCGUUCGGGGAUUCCAAUGCGGAACAAGUCGCCGCCGCUCGGCUUAUGGCCCUGCGUCAAAACAAACGGUCCUUCGCGGACUACAUCUCCGACUUUGAGAUGUUGGCCGCGGAUGCAGGCUACAAUGUGGUUGACACCACCGACGACAAAGGCGAAUACAAGAAGGGGGACCAGGAUAAUAUCCUCAUUGAGUUCCUGGAGCGCGGACUCAGCAGCGAGAUCGCCAGCCGUCUCUACAACACCGGUGUCCCUCUGCCCAAGGCCUAUGGAGCGUUCAAAGCCUGGUGCAUCAACAUCGAAGCCAAUGCUCUGCGUGACCAGCUGCGCAAAGCGUCGUAUGGGCACCCCACACAACGACCACCUCCCCAGUUCCGUCCCCAAACGGCACCAGUGGCGCCCACACCCGCUCCGGCCCGACCCGCUGCCAACGAACCGGUUCCGAUGGAAAUCGAUCGUACCCACGCCCGCGGCCGCAAUAUCAUCUGCUACAACUGUCAGCAGCCCGGGCACAUUGCGCGGAACUGCCCGGAGCCCAAGAAGAAGCGCACGUUCUUCAAUCGGGCCACAAUGCUGGAAGAAAUCGAGAACGGGGACAAGGACAACGAGUUCCUGAAGGAGAUUGCCGAGAAGCUGCGCGAGAAGGGUUUUUGA